GCUCACUCUCGCCUCCCGCCGCCGGCGCCGUCAGGAAGCGUCUGCCCGAGGUCCCGGCCCGCUUGCUGUGAACGGGCCGGCCGGGGAGUCAGCAGCACGCCAGGUCCCCGGCCGGAGUCACCCUCCCCGUCCCCCUGGCGCCACACGCAAUAGCUGCUUUCCAAAUGGGUAUGGAGUGAAGGCGGGCGGUGGCGGGGCCGAGGCAGCGCCCGGCUCCUGGUCACCGAGCCGCCCCGGGCCCCGCGGAUCGCUGGGAGAGCGCGGGCGCGCACGCCACGCCCCACCGCGCUUCCGGCCGGCCCACGUGACCGCGCGCGCACGUGUUCCGGUCUCGGCGCUGCAGGCCGGAACCUCCUCCUCGCCGGCGCCCCGCGGCUGCCCACCUAGAGGCGACGCAGGCCGGGCCGGGGAGGCGGCGGGCCCGGGAAGCGGCGCAGACGCGGCGCCUGCCGAGCGGGACUGAGCAGCAGGCCCGAGUGGGCGAGCAGCUGCUUCGCCAUGAACCCCAGGGGCCUGUUCCAGGACUUCAACCCGAGUAAGUUCCUCAUCUACGCCUGCCUGUUGCUCUUCUCCGUGCUGCUGCCCCUCCGCCUGGACGGCAUCAUCCAGUGGAGCUACUGGGCUGUCUUCGCCCCUAUAUGGCUGUGGAAGCUCCUGGUCAUCGUCGGCGCCUCGGUGGGCGCGGGCGUUUGGGCCCGAAACCCUCGCUACCGCACAGAGGGGGAAGCCUGCGUGGAGUUCAAAGCCAUGUUGAUCGCCGUGGGCAUCCAUCUGCUGCUGCUCAUGUUCGAAGUCCUGGUGUGCGACAGAGUGGAGAGGGGGACCCACUUCUGGCUGCUGGUUUUCAUGCCACUCUUCUUCGUAUCCCCCGUGUCCGUGGCCGCCUGCGUGUGGGGCUUCCGACACGACCGGUCCCUCGAGCUGGAGAUCCUGUGCUCUGUCAACAUCCUGCAGUUCAUCUUCAUCGCCCUGAGGCUGGACAGGAUCAUCCAGUGGCCGUGGCUGGUGGUGGUUGUGCCGCUGUGGAUCCUCAUGUCGUUCCUCUGCGUGGUGGUCCUCUAUUACAUCGUCUGGUCCCUCCUGUUCCUGCGCUCCCUGGAUGUGGUUGCCGAGCAGCGAAGAACACACGUGACCAUGGCCAUCAGCUGGAUCACGAUUGUCGUGCCCCUGCUCACUUUUGAGGUUCUACUGGUUCACAGGUUGGACGGCCACAACACAUUCUCCUACAUCUCCAUAUUUGUCCCCCUUUGGCUCUCAUUAAUCACUUUAAUGGCCACCACAUUUAGGCGAAAAGGAGGCAACCACUGGUGGUUUGGUAUUCGCAGAGAUUUCUGUCAGUUUCUGCUUGAAAUUUUCCCAUUUUUACGAGAGUACGGGAACAUUUCAUACGAUCUCCAUCACGAAGAUAGUGAAGAUGCCGAAGAAACGUCACUUCCAGAAGCUCCUAAAAUUGCUCCAAUGUUUGGAAAGAAGGCCAGGGUAGUGAUAACCCAGAGCCCUGGAAAAUACGUUCCCCCACCUCCCAAGUUAAAUAUUGAUAUGCCAGAUUAAACUCGUCUUCUUGGGAGUGCUCACAAGUGGACUAGAAACCAUACACACACACACAAAAUCCACCCUACUUUGGCCUCUUUUGCUCAUCCAUCCCAAACCUGGAACUGAAAUCAGGCUCCAAACAUCAUUUCAUGCCUUGUUUGAGAUUGAUGCCUGUCAGUGACUCCUCAGUAUUCACCAUAGAUGUAGGAGGUUAUUUUAAUAUAUGGCCGUGUGUGCGUGUGCUGUGCGCCCAUGUGUGAGGAACUUGUUUUCCAGGCUGGUGUUUGAAUAGCUGACUGAGAGCAGUCAAUUGAAUUGUUUUAGCAGGUCCUCAAACCACACAGCUGGGGAUUUGUAAAGUGGUACCAUACCUAUCAAAAGUAUUGUUUUGAAAAGUAUUUUUAUACACUGCUAGCUUAAAAUUGUAUUUCAAACUGUGCCUGUUGUGAUAUAAUCAACAGCAAGUGUUAAGAAUUCUCUCUCCCACCACUUGCUUAUAAAGCUCAUAGUUGUUAUUUUUGGUGUUCCUACUGUUAAAAUAGUUUUUCUUUGGGCUUUACUGAUGCUGGUCUUCAAUAGCAUAAUAGAUGAAUUUUUCUAAUGCAGUGAAUCCAUAUUUAUAUGAAAAUUUAGCAAUGUAAUAUAUUAUGUUGAAUUCUAGUUCUGUGCAGUACAGUGUAUUAUGUUAAAGUAUUUUUUUAAGUUUACAUGUGAAAAUAUAUGUCUAUUGCAGAUGUUGUUAAAGACUGCUUAAAACAUGAAUGUGUACCUAGUGUGGGAUCUUAUCAAAGUUCCAGGCAUGAAUACAGGGAUCGAAAGUCCCAAGGAUCUUAAUAUUCAGGUGUUAGAUGACUCAGUCUGUACAGUUUUCAGGUCUCUCUUGGAAGGAGCCACCAUCCUUUGGGAACAGGUGACAGGCUCCAGUGUGGUUCCAGACCAUAGAGUGACACUGGUAUUUAGCACCUUGAAUUUUUCCACACAGGCAAUGACAUCUCUUCAGGAACAAGCAAAAUAAGCAGCGAGUGGUUUGUCCCAUUUCUAAGAUGCUUAGAAUCUUAGGUGGCCAUAAUAUAAAGUGGGGUUUAUACUUGCCAUUGGAAAAGGGGAGAGUGGCCUUUACCAAAAAUGGUUGACAGGAUCGAAUAUUAUUUUAAGGUCCAAACUUCUUGACCUGGCAGCAACAGGGAAAUAAUAGUUCAGAUUAUUUUUUAAAUAAGUACAGCUUUGCUUUAGAUAACUGGUGGUACGCCAGGGAAUCACAAGGGCAAAAACCAGGUCCCGGGAAAGUCAUGGUCUUAUGACUGAGAACAAAUAAAUACUUUCAAAAGGAGGUUAAAACUAAAA